AUGGCGACCCCCCCUGCAGCAGCAGCAGCAGCAGACGUCCCGAGCCCUGCGACGCGGGACGAGCCGGAGGAGCCGAACCUUCCCGAACCGGAGCCGAACCUUCCCGAACCGGAGCCGAACAUCCCCGAGCCGGAGCCGGCGUGUCUGGAGGCGCAGAAGUGGAUCGAGGCUGUCACAGGGAAGAGCUUCGGAGACAAGGUCUUCCGCAGCGCGCUGGAGAACGGCAUCCUGUUAUGCGAGCUGCUGAGUGCAAUCAGACCAGGACUGGUCAAGAAGAUCAACAGACUGCCCACCCCCAUCGCCGGCCUGGACAACCUGUCAGUCUUCCUGCGGGGCUGUGAGGAGCUGGGCCUGAGGGGCUCCCAGCUGUUUGACCCCGGCGACUUGCAGGACACGUCCAUGCGGGCGAACCUCAAGGACUCUGACUGCAAUCGUAAACUAAAAAAUGUGCUGAACACAGUGUUCUGGCUGGGGAAGGCUGCCAGCGGCUGUGCCUCCUACAGUGGGCCUACUCUCAACCUCAAGGAGUUUGAAGGGCUUCUUUCCCAAAUGAAGAUGGAGACUGAGGAAGGAGGCGAAGGUCCACAGAGGCGCAGUGUUAGAGACAGCGGCUACGACUGCUGGGACUCCGAGAGGAGCGAGUCUCUCUCUCCACCACGACACACCCGCGACAACUCCCUCGACAGUCUGGACUCCUUUGGCUCGCGCUCACAGCACAGUCCUUCCCCUGAUGUGGUGAACCGAGGCAACACUGAUGGGCGAGGCAGCGACUCAGAGGCCGACGGCAGGAGGCCAGAUGUGAGGAAGGACGACAUGUUGGCCAGGCGGACUGCCAGCGGGGAGUCAAGGAGCUCCAUCGCUUUCAACCAGUUUCUUCCCAACCGAACCAACGCCAGCUCCUACAUCCCGGCUCCGCGGCGAAAACCCCACACAGAGGAGGGAGAGCAGCGGAGGAGUGUGAGUUUGGGUGACAUGCUGAACGAGGAGGAGGUGGGAGAUUUACCACCGCUGAGCCAGUCCCGACACGAGCGCAUGCAGGAACAGCUCAACAGCUUUCAGGAGGAGGAGGACCACUGGCAUAAUGACCUGGCUCGCUGGAAAACUCGGCGUCGCAGCACAUCACAGGAACUGAUCAAGAAGGAGGAAGAGAGGAAGAGGAUGGAGAAGAGCAUGAAGGAGCAGGGAGGUGACGGCCACAAGAGGAAAAGCAUAAAGACGUACAAAGAGAUCGUGGAGGACAAGGAGCGCAGAGAGCUGGAGUUGUGCGAGGCCUACAGGAACGCAGCCACUCCAGAGGAGGCAGCCGUGGUUUUACAGCGCUACGCCCUCCGCUUCACCAUCAGCGAUGCAACACUGGACAGCCUGAAACUGCCCAGAUCCACCUCGAAACCCCCAUCAGACGCCGGUCAGGUGGAGGAAGAGCACAAAACCUCCUCAGCUGUUAAAGACUCUGAAACGUCAGAACCACGGCGCAAACCAGAACCUGCUGUUAUAACAGAACCAAGGGAAAUGAAACCUGAAGACAUAGAGAAAGAUACAUCUGCUCAACAAGAGACGUCAGUGUCUGUCCCCACCAGCUCCCUGACACCCACCACCACUGUCACAAAUGCAGAAAAUAAACCACCGCAGUUGUUAGAACUGAACAAACCUGAGUUCAAACCAACAGAGUCUCCCACCGCACAUCACACGCAGCAGAUUACAGGAGAUGCGAAGCCUCAGACCAAGCACACGCCGCCUCAGAUCACUCAAGUGAAGCCUCACACCAAACAACUCCCCUCCCCGCCAUCUGUUCCCUCCAGGCCGCUGCCCCUGCUGGUAGCCAAGCCCUACUGCCAGCCCAGGAGCACGCCGUCUGGACACAAACCGGUCAAGAUGGAUGUGUCGGUGCGUUUGAAUGGAGAGGCCACAGAGGAUUUACCCACUCCUGCCACGCCCGCCCCCCCUCAGCACUCGCCACGGGAGAUUGAAGAGGUCAGCUCCAAACAGACAGAGAAAGAUUUCCCCGCUGAGGAGACGCUAGUGAAAAACCAGGAGACAACAGAACAGCCAACACCUCCGCCUCCUCCACCUCCGCAGACAGAGAAGUCCACCACUUCUUCAGGCUCGGCCAUCAGCUCCCUGAUUGGAGGCCGAAACUGCAUCAUCACAACAACGAUUGUCACCGAGCUGACGCAGACGCUGGUGGAGCCGCUCGACCCCGAGCAAAGUAAUGGACAGGAAAUAAAACAGGUCAAUGGGACGACUGGUUUGUUUGCAUCACCGGCGAAGGAAAAAAAGGAACCACCAGCUUCAUCAGUCAGCAGCAUGCAAGAAUAUUCUCCCACCGUCACAGAGGGACCGGAGGAGAGCAGUGUCACUGAGCAAUACCACAGAGAACAGGAGAAGCUGAAGAAGGAGUGGGAAAAAGCCCAGAUAGAGGUGGAGGAGGAGGAACGAAAACACAAUGAGGAGGAGAGACGGAUUCUGGAGGAGACUGUAGCGCCCCUCACUCCCAGCGGCUCGUUGAACCAGCAGCUCGUCAAGACAGAGACGACUCCGUCAGCGCCGCAAAACAACAGGACGGAGAACGGCCAUGCUCCCCCGCUGCAGAACGGCCAAAGAGUCUCCACGGGGACCGAGGAUCAGCACGCGUCAAAGCUGCAUUUUUUCCAGGAUCCUGUGUGUGAUGGUGAACCCUCAAAGAAACAGGAGCUGUGGAAGACCACCUCCUUAGACCGCAACCUCCAGCUAAACCAGGCACAUGCUGUUAAAAGGUCUGGAUCACAUGAUGUUGUAACAGGCAAACAGCAGCAGUCUUCCUCCUCUUUAUCAUCAUCAUCACCACCCAAGCCACCUUCCCCCAGCAGGUGUGUUAGUGGGAAGAGGCUUUGCGGUGGUUGUUCUCAGCCUCUGGGAAAAGGAGCGGCCAUGAUCAUCGAUACACUGGGACUGUUUUUCCACAUCCAGUGUUUUAAGUGUGGAGUGUGUGAUGGGCAGCUGGGCGACGCCUCUGCAGGGACUGACGUGAGGAUUCGAAACGGCCAGCUGAGCUGCUACGAGUGCUACAUGGCAACUCGGGGCAGAGGACAGCCCACUACACUAUGAUGAGCUGCAGUGAAACUGGAACUCCACCGUCUCCUUCACAGUCUGUGAUUGGAUCAAGCUUGGAAUCUCUUUGGAACUUUGGAAUCGUCCCUUUUUAUGCACAAACAGCUUAAUGGAUGUUUUUCUGAGAGCAGAACUGACACGUGGACUAAAUGAAAGAACAUCUCACGCACAUACAGAGCCGUCUGUGCUUCUCACUGUUCACAUGUAUACAACUUCUUGUUAUUCAGUGUAGCAUGGACAUAAUAAAUCUGAAUCCAGUGUGUUUAGGCCUUUGCACAGUCAAUACACUCAAAUAAGAAUCUGUUUCGUCGUAAGCUGAACAUGUGUCGCUACAAACUAAACGCUACUGUCUCUUAACACAGUUUCCUGAGCUACUGUCUACUGCUUCCGCUCCGAUCAUGUGACUCGUGGGUUCGGGUUGGAUCACCUGAAGUAGCUUGACCAUUUUAAUGCCUUACUCAUCACACACCCAUCUUUGCUUUUGUGUUUAUGUUUUUUUGCAUGAAAGAAGAACAUAUAUAAGUUAUUGUGAGUAUUGCUCCGAAGUGUGAGUUUGACGUAGGUUGUUGUCGUCUCAACAGUUGAACUUUGACUCUCCUCUUGUAUGUUGUACAUCAUAAUAUUUUCUAAGUUUUUGCGACUCUGGCUGACUUACACAGGGUUGUUUUUUUUGUUCUUUACGAUUAAUGUUACAGGAAUGACAAUGCAUCAUUUACAGUAAUAAUAAUUCUUGUUCUUUGAAUUUUAAGUAUUUUCCCUUUAAGAUGUUUUAGCCGUUGUUUAUUCUCAUAGACUGACUGCGUCCUGAAUCAGUGCCUUAUGUGAUGAAUGCGAGGGCCAGUGUACUUUGUGUUUAGGGGGAUUUCACACUCACGCCGACCUCUGGGUCUUGGCAUUACGUGUGUGUGUGUUAUCAGUGUGUGCAUGUAUAUGUAUGCAAUAUGUGAUUUGACUUAAAGCACAGUUCCAUACCAGCAAAAAAAAAUGGAUCAGCCACUCCGAAUCACCUCCUGUUCUCUCCCUCUCUCUUCCCCAUGAGCUAAACCAAUGACAUAGUUAUUUGCUGCUUUCCAGAUAUUAUAUCAGUUAACCGGGUCCUGAAGUUCUCUCCUCGUUUGCCUCGUUCACAAGUGUUGUCGCCCCCAGAGUCUCCGCUCUGUGUUGUUGCCUCUGUACUGGACACAUGACACGUGUCGUCAUCUCUCAGAGGGAUAGAGUUCAUCGUCUUUUAUAGCAAGUGUAUGUUUAUCAAUAAAAUA